AUGGGCCUCGUGACGAUCUCCGACUCCAUCAAGGACGCGCUGUACAAGAGCGAGGUGAUCCCCACCGUCAUCCACGACGACCACUUCACCCCGAAGGGCUUCUUGAUGAUCCAGUACAAGGACAGCGACAAGGAGGUCACCAUGGGCAACACGCUCAAGGUGGCCGACACCCAGGAGAAGCCUGUGGUCCACUUCACCCUCAACCUCUCGGACGACCACAAGAAGAGCCCCAUCCGCCCCGACGACCGCUUCACCUUGGUUCUCACAGACCCGGAUGCCCCCACCAAGGGCGACGACAAGUGGUCCGAGUUCUGCCACUACGUGGUGCGCGACAUCAAGCUCAACGACUUCACCCUUGCUGACACCGCCCCUGCUCCCACCACCGCCGACGGCAAGAACGACAUCGACAGCUUUGGCGACAAGUUGACCACCGUGGACCUGCAGGGCGACGCACUUGUUCCCUACAUGGGUCCCGGGCCUCCUCCGAAGACCGGCUUGCACCGCUACGUGUUUUUGUUGUACAAGCAGCAGCGCGGCAAGCGGCCCGACGCCCCUGCCGACCGGCCCUGCUGGGGCACGGGCGUGCCUGGCUCGGGCGCCACCGAGUACGCCCACAAGCACGGCCUGGAGCUCUAUGCCGUCAACUUCUUCUAUGCCAAGAACGAGCAGCAGUGA